AUGACGGGCGUGAUAGAAGCGCUGCACAUCUUUGAUGAGCACAAACGCGCCAUCCUCUCGCACACCUACAAUGCCCGACCGCUAUCAGCAGCUCAUCUGCUACCUCUGUACCUAGAUCACCCGGCACCGCGCCCCAACUUGAUUUACCUGCCCAACACGAAUCCGCCAACUCUAGUCUUCAGCUUGGAGCAUGCGAACUUGCUCUACCUCGCGACCGCAUCCUCUGAAAUCGAGCCACUCUUGGUUCUCGAAUUCCUUCACCGCAUAAUCGAUGUGCUCGAGGAGUUCUUGGGUGCGCCAGUCCUGGCUCACAAGAUUGAGGCCAACUAUGAUGUUGUGGCACAACUUUUGACCGAGAUGUGCGAUGCUGGCAUGGUAAAUACUACCGAACCGAACGCGCUCAGGGAUGCUGUCGAGGUGGAAGGACUCUUGGGCAAACUGUUUGGCAGUCUGAAUCUGCCCAAUAAACCAGGACUGACCCCGAGUCUCAAUACGCCGAGCAUCCCUUCAUUGGCAGCUCAAAAUGCUCCUGCACUACCUUGGAGACGAGCCAACGUACGGCAUACCUCGAACGAGCUAUAUGCUGAUGUAGUGGAAUCGCUGACGGUGACAUUGGCGCCCUCUGGAAGACCCAUCGCUGCCUUUGCCAAUGGCACAAUCGCCUUCACCUCCAAGGUAUCGGGAGUUCCUGAUAUAACCAUGAGUCUUACCGGGCGAGAGGGAAAGCACAACCUGAGAAACGUCAUGGAACUGCCAGUCUUUCAUCCCUGCGUUCGACUUAACCGGUGGCGGGAAAGCCCUGGUGACUUGAGCUUUAUCCCUCCCGACGGCCGCUUUAUUCUGGCAGGCUAUGAGGUGGAUUUGCUACCAUCUACCAACAACAGUGGUGGUCUUGGUUCAAAUAAUCUGCAAUUACCCAUCAGCCUCGAGGUGAAGACUGGUUUGGGAGCAGCAGGGGCCGACUUCGAUAUCCGACUCAACAUUCACCGAAUCCCGGGUGGCCCUGGUGCCUUGGGUCCUUCGGGCAGGGGUGGUGCAUCUGGUGGGAGGGCCUUUGGUGGCCCGCAUGCCGGUACUGUGGCUUCUCCCUCGCUGCAUGAUGUUAUCGUAACGGUCCCAUUACCAUCCGAGGUUAGAAACCUUUCCGACGUGCGGCCAAGCAAAGGUGACGCCAAUUAUAAUCCUGGGGACAGGUCACUAGAGUGGUAUAUACCACAAAAAGAGCUGACUUCUGGCACACCAUACUACAGUCUGAAAGCCACAGUUUUAGGCCCGUUGGCGGACGACGAGAUCCAGGAUGACCCAACAGGCUUUGGGUUUGGGAAAGACUAUUCUUAUGAAGAGCCAUAUCAAAGCACCGCUUCACCAACGACAGUAAAACAGCAAUCUGGAAGCGAAGUCGAUAAGGAAGCCAAGAAGAUUGCACAGAACAAAAUCUUGAUGCCCAGUUCUGCAUCGGUCAGCUUCUCGGUGAAAGGCUGGAUCCCCAGUGGCAUCAAGAUCGAAAGCAUUAAUGUCGAUACCAAGAAGAGCCGUGGCCUAGGUGAGGGAGUAAAGCCAUAUAAAGGCGUCAAGUACUUGACGAUUAGUAAAGGCGGCGUGGAGAUCAGAUGUUAA